CGCUUUGAAAAACUCGUUCCUAUCGAUCUUAGCGAUAUAGAUCUUGACUUUAUUUGUAAAUUUUACAUGUAGUGAACUGUUUAUUUAUAGUGUCUUCUUCCUGAGUUUGGAAUGGAACUAAAGUGCUUUAAAAUCAAUGUGUCGAUUCGCUAUGUCCGAAAAAUGUAACUGGUAGGAGUAUGUUGGAGUUGCUAGAUAUACAUCAAUUUUACUCGGUUUUAAAAUUAGUUUUUUUUUCGUAAAGCAACUCAUGUUUGUUGACGUCGUCUAUGCCGAUGGGACACAUGCGCAGAAACAUCUUUCUGCCUGUUGUAUCGACAUUGACGAUGUGGUGUAUUUGUAAUCGUUUCAUUUGACAAUAAAGACGUUUUAUCUUCAGAACUUUACACCUUUCGAAUUUAUUUUCUGUGGAAAAAGUACGAGCGGAAAAUCUGCAGUAUUUAGUUUUUCGAAGGUGUAAAUUCUGCAUAGAUCGAAUGGACAAGGCUGCAAAAAUAGUGAUCGGCGAUGGUUUUAGGAUUUUUAUUAAACUCAAAUGAACUUAUUUGGAAAAAAACCGUUUUUUUAAUAAAGAUGGACUUGUAAAUAAAUAUAGGUCAAAUUAUUUAUUUUUCAAGCAAUGUAGUUCUUUAAAUUUUUUAAUUAUAAGCGAAAGCACAUCUGCUAAUUUAAGCAAUAGGAAAUACAUUUUUUUAUGUUUAACUAUAUUUGUGUAACAUAAAAAUUCACUGUCUUAGGACAUUUUUUAAGCAAACCAUUUACAGUUUUAGAGUUAUAUCUAUUUUUGCUUUAACACUUUGUAUAUAUCAUAUUUUUAUAGUUAAAAAUUUUAAAUUAAUGUAAUUUUUUGGUUACCAAGUAAAAAAAUUUGAGUUUAAUAACAACCUGGAGGCAUUGAAGGCUUGCUAUUGAAACGGAAUGAGACGUUGAGUAUUGAGGUCAGAAUGAAAGCUCGUCGCCGGGAACAGAAGAUUUCCGGAAUUAAAUAUAGCGGGUGUCGCGAAAAAAAUGGUUCUUGGACCUUGGAUGGGAAAGACGAGACAACGAAUGGAACAUGGGGCUUCUGUGACUUCAAUUAGAGGUUAUAUAAUGAUAUCCUAUUCAAUAUUCUUCUUCUGUUUGGUGCAGUCGUCGUUCGCAAAUUUCGAAGAUUCCUACUCGGAAAAUUUAGACAACUACAAUUUAUAUUCCGACGAAUUUCUAGAUCCCGAUGAAAGCGAUAUAGAGAAACGAGACAAUCAUUUCAUGAGGUUCGGAAGAAACAGCAGAGAUUAUAAGAAUAAAGAAUAUAUUUAUGAUGAAAUCGAGGAGCCAAGUGUGCACGUUAAACGAUCCGGGAAUCACCAUGUAAGGUUCGGCCGGUCAGGAUCUAAUUCGUUUAUGAGAUAUGGUAGAGACCCGUCGAAAAUUAGGAAUAAGUCUACGUUUCUGAGAUUGGGUAGAAAUUUCCAAGAUCAAGACGAGAAAAUCCGCGCUAAACGUUCUACGCCGCCAGAAAAUUUGCCAGUAGCAAAAUCGCCAGAAAGGAUACACAGAGGUAUUUACAUGAGAUUGGGAAGAAGUCCAUCUUUUAUGCGAUACGGUAGAGAUCCAGAUCAAGCUCUCGAUUUUCCUGAUCCCUCUUCUUUGGUUGGCAAAAAUAGAGCAUUCCUUGAUCAAAUAUCACCGGUCUAUGAAAAUGAUCUCAAAGAAAAUCAUCUACUUACCCUGAUAUUAGCCAAACUUUUAUCUAGGAGACAGGAAUUAUUGGCGAAGCCCAUCGAGGAUUCAGUGUAACGGAGUUAAAAGGCUGUUUGUUGAUGUUUCAAGGGAGGCCUAAACCUAGUCAAGAGUUUAUAUUAUAGUGUGGUGUUAUUGUUUAUUAUUUAUCUUGUAAUAAAAAUCGGCAAAUUUAUACGUUUUAAAAUUGAAUAAAUUUAGUCAAAACUACAGUUGAAUCUCUGGAUCUUUUUCCAUGUGUCAUCAAUAUAAGAUAUCAAUGUAGUAUCAUUGUCUACUAUCCAUAAAAUACAAUCUUUUAAUCAACUCAUCAUGUUCUUGUGGAGACAUCCGUAUAAAGGACAGUCUUUGAUCGACACAAACUCUAUAUUUUAAAACUAUCGUACUGAAAAUAUUCAUAUUAUACAAAAAAAAAUUUGUAUAGUUUUUGUUAUAGUUCAGUUAGAUUUUUAUAUUUCAGAAUAGUGUGGGGUACCUAGAUUACUGAAAAAUUAAGAAAGGUAUAAACUAGAUACUAUAAAGGUUUAGUCUUCGUAGCAGGUAUAUUACAUUUUUAUUUUAAAGCUCUUACAUUUAAUAUUUCAAGGUACAAUUUAAAUUAAGGGCUUUAGCUGCCUGUUCUAAAAAAAUUUUUGGAUUUAAUAAAGAUGUAGACAAAAUUCAGUUUUUAUGGGUUGAUUUGAGCCGAAUAUCGAAAAGUAUAAACUAAAAUCCAAAACAGUAAAUUGAUUACCGCUCUUCUUCUAUUCCAGUGCAUAUCUUAGGUUAAAAUUAACCCUUAGGGCAUGUUAUCAAACGUUCUCCCGAUAUUUUAAAGGAACCAGUUCAAAUUAAUAAUUUUUAACAUGUCUCUUAAAAUUUGUAAAAAAGAAUGUUUCUGAUUUAAAAAACAAACAAAAUUGUCAAUAAAUAAAUUUUUAAAUACCUUUCAAUUUCAAAGGAUGUUUUAUAUAAUUUAUAUAUAAAAAAAAUAACCUCCUGUUACCACAUUUUUAAUAUUUGCGGUGGUAUCAGGCACUGCAUGAUGUUUUGCCUCACCAGAAUAUUUAUCUACAUCUUCCAGCUAUUAGAUUUUUUAAAUAUUUUAUCUAUACGAUACGAACAUUUUCAUAAAAUAAAAAAAUAGUUACAAAGUCGAAAUAAACGGUUUUUUUUUCUAAUGAUUAGAUAAAUUAUUCAUUGAAAGCCCCUUGAGGCAUAAGAAUUUGUUCCAAACUUCUGCGCGUAUUUUGAACUGAAGAAAACGAAUGGAGGAGAUAUAAUAAAAUUUAUUUUAUUUACAUGUAGAUAGGUUAUGAAAAUAUGGGGUCCUUUUCCUCACAAAGAACAUACUUGAACUUGAAAAUAUAAAAAACGAUAAUAUAAAUAAUAAUUAUAAUAAUAGUGCUUUAUUUAGAUUAGGUAAAUUAAAUUGCAAUUAGUCGCAACACUUUUUUCGGAAACAAUGAUUUCUUUUAGGGACCAAUGGUCAAAAAAAUAAAAAUAUAUAUGUAUAACAAGAAUAAAUAAGUAUUUACAUAAUAGUCUAUUACGUAACAAGAGUAGUAAGAAGCGAGUAAUGUACUAUACUUUAUCUACAACCACAAUCAUACAUUCAUAAUCUAUAAUAUUUACUAAAUACAUCUAAUUAAAAAUAUUGUAAAUUGGUUUAGUUAAAAACCUUUGUGAAUAUUAUUGUGAAUUAAGAGCUUCAUUUAAAUAUUUACUUAUUUCAUCAAAAAAAAAUCUGCUUUUAAAACCAUCUGACUGUCUUUAGAAUUCACUUUAUUUUAUAUGGAAAUGAAGAUUCUUGACAUAAUGAUGAAGGUUUGAAUUGUUCCAUAAGUUUCUCAAAAUAUGCCAAAAGCGCUUUCUCAGAAAAUUAGUUUACAUUGUUUUUUAUACGUCAGUCCAUAAACUUUUGGUAUACCUACUAUUUCCCAGACAGUACACGUCAAUCCAUUGGAUGUCCAUCAGAAGUUCAGCAUUUUACGGAAGGACAUUCAUUGGACUAUACAAAUGUCUCACUCCUGGACGUCCAUUUGGAUUCCAUAUAUGGACUCAUUUUGUACUGCUUUUGGACAAUUUAUGGACAUCUGAUAGACAUCACCACUCAUUACCGUCUGCAAGUUUUCAAAUUCUACUAAAGUAGAUAACAACAGCAUCCUUCGUGCAUUAUUUUCUUCAAAUUCUUUACUUAAUUUUGUAUUGCUUUCAUCUGGGCACUGUAAUUUUCCAUUAAUCAAGUCUAGAAGACCUUCAGCUUUAAAUAUCCAUCACAUCAGGAUUCUGCGUAGUAGAUUAUUGGGACCACCAAAUUCUCUACUGUGCAAAAUCCUGGUGUCACUGAGUGGUUUCUGAUUGUUGUUGGAACAGACCUGAUACUUUCUUACCAGAUAACAAAACUGGAGGGUUAACAAUGAAAAGUGACAGCAACUUUUUUAUCACAAAAAAUACAGCUUAAAUAAAUAUACCAGAAGAAUUUAAAAAAUUUAUUAUUUGUCAUUUUUAUAGUAUCCAUUAUGGACAGUUUUUGGACAUCCAUUGAACUUACGAAUGGGGGAUAUAUCCAUAAAGUUUUCUAAAAUAAAAUCACUGGCAAUUGUAUUCCUAUUAAUUUUAAAAUUAUAAUUUUUAAAUAAUUUUUUAAAUAUAUGUCUAUUGUUUAUUUGUCAGAGUUAUAUAGUUUAGAUACUAUGAACUUCCUUAAAAUAACGUACUUACUUGUCUUUAUAUAUUCUAUGUAUAAAUUAAUUAUCCUAAUGUACUGAAUUACUUAAUGAUAAAAAUAACAACAUAUUGGGAAACUGGCUUAUUGAUAUAAUAACUGUAACUAUUAUUUAACAAUACAUGCUUUCUAGAAAAUCUAGAACAUCAUGCAGUAACCCACGACUAACUUAAAACUGUUUAGCAGAAUACCUUCUUUAACUGUAAGUUUCGAGGGACUUUUUCUCCAACCAAUGAAGAAACGCAUUAUUAAAGUAUUCGAACACUGAAUUACAUAGAUAUGCUUUAUAACAAAAAACGCAACUCAUUUUAAAACAGUAUUAUUUAAUAACGAUUAUAUUGAUUAAAAUACGACAAUUAUAAAAUAAUAAACGUAAUUCAUUAUAACAAUGAACCGAGUUAUUUUGUAAAAUCAUUACAUUGAUUUAGUGUACACGUUCAUAAUUUUAUGUACAAAUUUUUUGUUUUUAUGUAAGGCGUUCACAAAAACCAUGAAUACGUACGUUGUAACAACGGAAGGGUUUUUCUUAAAAUAAUGUACGUACCUUUAUAUAUUCUAUGUACAAAUUCAUUUAUUUUAUACACGAAAAUAAUAGUAAAAUAAUGUUAUAACUAAAAAAGUAUCAAAUUUUGUUUUGUUGUAAUGUCUCAUAUUGCUUUUAUAGAAAUAUAAUUAAUUAUCAAUGGAAAUUAAUUAUUAUUACAUAUGUGGAUGUUGAUAUCCUUUUUAAUUUCAAGACAGACAAUUAUUUUGAUCAGUGGUUCUUGAUUUUUUUGUUUUUUACUGAUGACGCAUGGAAAAGGAUUGAGUGCCUCAAUUGCACCUAUUAAUUGUAUAUCAUAUUUCAUACUAACAUGUUAAGAAUGAGAAAGGUUGUACCUAAUUGGCUUACGAAACUAUUUCUUUUUUUUUUUGUUAAAUUUCUUCAAAUCCUCUUCUACUCAUAUUAUAUAGGUAGGACCUAUACUUAAGAGUCUAUUAAAGUUACAUAAUUUUAUUCAAUAUUUAAUUAAGACUUUUACAUGCAGGACGAAUCAAAUCAUAGAAAAUAAUUCUAUAACCUGCAAAUUGUGAAAGAAAAAUAAUUUGUUUGUUAUAAUAUAUAAUUUAUAAGAUCAACAUUUUUAUAACUUCAAUGUACCUAGAUGAUAUAAAAGAGAUUAAGAGUAUUUACUAUAAUUAUACUUUUAUUUUAGUUAACUAAUCUCUAUACAUAUAAAGGAUAGUAAUAUAAUUUGCUUACCAUCUUAAUCUGAACAAAUCUCAAAUGUAUGAAAUAACUAUUCAUCCUGCAGGUAGAUUACUCAGGAUUGCUUAGGAUCCUUGUGAUAUUAAUGUUAUAUUUUAUUUUGUUAAUAUUUGUACGAUAUUUGUUGGUUUAGGUCUUUAUUAUAUGUGUAUACUCAGUUGUGGCUGGAAAAUUAAUUAUGUAGGUAAAUGUAAUAUUUUAUGGAUAUUAAACUAUAUUUGUUGUAAAUAUUCAACCUCUUCUAUAAAAUAAUAAUAAUCAUAAUGGUAAUAAAGCGCAUUCAAUUAUUUACUAUUAAAGUUUUGCCUAUUUGAAGAUACGUAACGAUUAGAUUCAGUUCUAAGGUAAGCUAUGUAUACAG